AUGGCACUGGCGGCAUUAAGUUUAGAUGGAGUACGAAUUGGUGACUUGAUUUUGAGUGUUAAACUGUUAACCGCGGACUGGAUGGAAACUGAAUGUGCCCAAAUGAGUAAUUUGAUGCGAAACAGAUUUGAAGACACGGUUGUUGAAUGCAGUGAACUGGGAAAUGCGGAUAAUUUUGAAAUAAAUGAUGGUGACGUUGAUGUAGCAGUGAAAGGGACGGGUGAGGAUCGAACUGCUGGGCUAAAAUGUGUAUCACCAUCGGACGGAAGUGAAGCAAAUCUCAGUAAACUUACCGUGCCGAGCGUGGCAACAAGGUCUGUAUCAUCGCCGCUGUUGAAUGAUAUGCAGAUGUAUCCUGCGGACAACAUUGUUGAAUUGAAGCAGUCCGUGUUAGCACCAUCGUCAGUGGAGCCACCGUCUAUGAUGCCUGUUGAAUGUAACGUGUGCGUCAAUGUUCCUCCACCUGUACCACCACGGAAAUUCUCAGCAAAGAAGUAA